AUGUCGGUACAAACGGCCCCCAAGGCGUUCGGCAUCCCCCUCUCCCAGGUCAUAGCCAACGACCGCGCCUUCAAGCAGCGUCAGGACGCGCUGAAGGAGAGCCGGAGGGACUGUCUGGAUCUGGAGGCCAGCGUCCUGCGCUUCCGCGCCCAGAAACAGCAGCUCCUCAACGGGAACAAGGCCGGCCAACCCGCCCCGGGCUCCUCCACCUCCACCAUCUCCUCCUCCCUGCUGUCCGUGGCGCCGCAGCUGACCUCGUGUUCGGCGUCGGCGGCCUUCGAGCUCCUCACCAAACCUCUCUCUCCCACCUUCAGGGACUGCACAGCCCGAGUGCAGAGGAGGGGCGGUCUCUCAGUAGACUGCAUCUCAGACCUGGUGGAGAGCCAGUCCCGCCUGCUGGAGGCUCUGCAGCUGUCCCACCCAGCAGAGCUGGAGCUGAAGAAGAUUUCUGAGGGGGCGGAGCCUGGGGGCCGCACCCAGACCAAGCUCAGCCUCAACCCCAUCUACAGGCAGGUGCCCCGCGUGCUGGAGAGGUGCUGCAGCCACAUAGAGGCCUUCGGUCUCCAAACAGUGGGGAUAUUCCGAGUGGGGAGUUCUAAGAAGAGAGUUCGACAGCUGCGGGAGGACUUUGACAUGGGGACUGACGUGGUGCUGGAUGAGGAGCAGAGUGUCCACGACAUCGCAGCUCUCCUCAAGGAGUUUCUGAGAGACAUGCCUGACCCCCUGCUGCCCAGGGAGCUGUACCCCGCCUUCCUGCACGCCAGCCUCCUGCGCGGGCCGGACCAGCUCCUGUACGUGCAACAGCUGAUGUACCUGCUGCCGCCUUGCAACAGUGACACGCUGCUGCGCCUGCUGGCACUGCUGCACACCGUCCAGGGCCACGCCCAGGACAGCCUGGGCCCACACGACCAGGAGAUCCCAGGUAACAAGAUGACAGCCGCUAACCUGGCUGUGAUCUUCGGGCCCAACCUGCUGCAGGGGGAGCGGGGGACCGGGGGCGAGCGGGGGGCCGGGGGGGACCCGGGGCCCCUGGGCAUGGGCAUCGAGGACAGCAACGCCAUCAUCUCUGUCACCCUGCUCCUCAUACAGAACUACCGCAAGCUCUUCACCGUGUCAGCAGAGCUACAACAGGAAGUCCUCAUGAGCCUGAUCCAGACGGAUCCUGACAUCAUCGACUACCUCCUCCGCAGGAAGCUCAGUGGCUGUCACCUGACUGUGGACUCUUCUGACCCACCCGGGGCGGGUCGUCGCGACACGGACGCCUCUCUGGACUCUGUGGGGGUGUCCAGUGGCAGUCUCUCCCCCCUGGAACCCCCCUCCCCCCUCUUCCCCCCCGACGGCCCCGACGGAGGCUCCCUCACCGGCCAGGUGUUCCUCAACAUGCUGCGGCUCAACACCGGACGGAAACGUUCGUCGGAGGCUCAAAGGAAGUCCAUCGGGCAGAUAAGGCAGUUCCACUCCCACCACAACCUGCUCAGCCUGGCCUCCUCCUCCUCCUUCCCCCUCCCCACCUCCAGGACAGGGGCCCACCCCGAGGACCGCGAUGCCCAGGAGCGGAGGGGCCCGCUGGGGGAGGCCCUCAGCUUCGCCCUGGGCGCCUCCUCCUGCUCGAGCCUGGGCGCGGCCGGGGAGGGGAGCGUCUGGGUGAGGCAGGGGGCCCACCAGGAGGAAGGGGGCAGCAAGACCUCCACCCCCACCACCUCCAACUUCUGGGACUUCUUCACGGGGAAAGCGUCUGGGUCUGAGACCAUGGUAUGACAGGGAGGGGCGGAGUCAGUGGAAAGGGGGGCGUGGUCAAGGGAGG